AUGCCGGCCGCCAGCUCUGCCAGCUCCACCGCAAACGGUCGCUCCAGCCGAUCUGGACCUUCCAAAAGGAUUGUUGUCCUCAAGCUGUCUACGGAUCUGCUGAGCCAGUUCGUGACACCACCGCCCGAGGGAAAGGACAAGAAGAGCAAACGGGGUAGCGUCAGCAACACCGACUCGCCCGUCAAGAUUCAGGAGCCUUCGUCCCCGGCUUCCUCGUCUGCCGAACUACCUCUCCCUCCUUCGUCCGUGGACAAUGCCUCCGAUGCUGCGUCCACCCCCGCCGCAGGCACCCCGGCUGCAGACACACCUCGCCGCAAGGGCGUUCCGGGCCCUAAGCCGGGCACCAAACGAGGCCUCAACCAGACGGGCGAGACCACUCCGAAGCCGAGAGGCAAGCCCGGUCCCAAGAAGAAGCCCCGACUUGAUGACGGCACUGUCGACACUGCCAAGUUAGUGGCCGCUCACAAGCUCGGUCCCAAGGCCAACUUGGGUGCCAUCAAUGCUGGUCUACGCGCUCUAGAUCGCACCGGGGCCCCAUGCCGUCGCUGGGAGCGUAAGCCUCUUCAGCUCAAGAGCUUCACCGGUAUUCAAUGGAUGCUGCCUUCUUGGCGUACUCCCCGUCCGUUGAAGUCCGAGGAGAACGACGAGGCUCAGGGCAUGGCUCUUGAGACUGGCGACAGCGACAGCAAGGCCAACCAGAGUGCCAGUGGCGUCCCCAGCGAGAAGAGCACUGGUGAUGGUGAACUUACUCCCGCUCCGCCCAACCUGACGGAAGCGUCUUCUCCUGCCAUCGCCAUGACUGCUUGA